UUGAUGCCACGGAAUGGGGGGAAUCCAUUGCCCAUCAGCGCACUGAGUUCAUGAAAGAGGCGGGGCUGGUUUCUUAUAAAGGCUGAAGAACUUGAAAAAAGCCACAGAUCUUCGCGGCAAACCCGAUUCAGUCUAGCCUCAAGCACCCCAGCAUUCCUUUUCAGUUAAGUACUAUAGUAAAAUCAUCGGCAGGACUUCAGCACCAUGGAAAGCUACCGCUUUGUCAUCCACCUGCUUUCUGCGAGCCUGCUCAUCUUUUUGUGCCAAAGCGAGUCUUCCAGAGAAAUAGCAAAUGAAGAUUUUCCCAUGAAAAAGUUACCUUCAUCUGCUGAAAAGGAACUGGUAGAUGCUAUGGAGGAGCUACUUGAGAAAUUCCAAAACCGAUAUCCAACUUACGAGAAAAGAGCGGGUCAGAUUCCCAUGUGUGAUCUUGGGGACAGAUGUGCAGUGAAACAGGCAUCUAGAAUUGGAAAGCUAUGUGAUUGCCCUCGAGGGUCAUCCUGUAACUCUUUUUUACUGAAGUGUAUCUAAAACUGGAAAAGAAAUGUACGUGAAUAAUGCAACUAGAAGAAGAAGAGUCUUAGAGGAGAGUGCCAAGUCCACAAUACUGAUUUACAAUCAGCCCUUCCUGUAAUCCCAUCAACAUUUACUUUUAACACAAACUAUAAACUGUGUACAAAUGUGGGGCUUCCAUAUGUAGAAAACCAGUGCGUUUUGUCAGCAAGCUUACUUUGUCUGUAAUGUGUAUUACCAAAAACUGCCAUUUCUUGCGUGCUUAUUUAUGUGUACUCUUCUAAGUAAACAGGUGUCAUCAUCUCAUUGCUUUAUUCUGUUUUGUGCAUUUUUCAUGCAGUAUCCUGCACAUUUCAAGUUUUGCACAAUGUAUUAAAAAAGUGGAAUGCUGAAUUCUUUGGAUGAAAUAAAUUCUUCGAGGCGGGUAUAAAAAUGAUCAGUUGGCAAGAAGUUAAUUUCUUUAAUACAUCUGCACAGAAUACAUGCAUGUUUCCAUUCUAGCUUACUAUCCUGUCGGACAUUCUCAUUUCAUGGAGUAAGUAAGACUUUUUUUGUAAUACAUAUUCUCAUUAUAAGAAGAUUGUAUAAAUUUCUACAAGUAUGAGAUGUCAUCUUGGUCUUCUAACAGUACUAAAUAUGCUACGGUAGCUAACGAUGUCAACGGUAUGUACUAAAUUAUACAUGUUCACAUUAUUGUGCAAUAUUUUGGAAUUCUCAUAUUGUAAUUUAGUUAAAUGGCAGUCAGUUACAUCCUUACUCAAAAUGAUUGCUACCCAUUAAUAAGUGUGGCCUCAUCCUUCAUCAUUUGCCUUGAAAACCAACCUGAAAAGGUAUAAGGUCUGAGACGUCUGGCAGUUUUCACAGCUGCUGACUGCUGUUAAUUUUAGUUGUUAAUAAACAGCUUAUGUAUGACAA